AUGUGCAGGGCCGGGAGAAGGAGCUCGGCAAGGCGGCGGAGACGGUCCCCGAAACCGGGGGGACAGCGGGGACACGGCACAGACUGUCCCCGACACCGGGGGGACAGCGGGGACACGGCACAGCCGGUCCUGGACACCGGGGGGACAGUGGGGACACGGCACAGACGGUCCCCGACACCGGGGGGACAGCGGGGACACGGCACAGACGGUCCCCGAAACCGGGGGGACAGUGGGGACACGGCACAGCCGGUCCUGGACACCGGGGGGACAGUGGGGACACGGCACAGACUGUCCCCGACACCGGGGGGACAGUGGGGACACGGCACAGCCGGUCCCGGACACCGGGGGGACAGCGGGGACACGGCACAGCCGGUCCCGGACACCGGGGGGACAGUGGGGACACGGCACAGACGGUCCCCGACACCGGGGGGACAGCGGGGACACGGCACAGACGGUCCCCGAAACCGGGGGGACAGUGGGGACACGGCACAGCCGGUCCCGGACACCGGGGGGACAGCGGGGACACGGCACAGCCGGUCCCCGACACCGGGGGGACAGUGGGGACACGGCACAGACUGUCCCCGACACCGGGGGGACAGCGGGGACACGGCACAGCCGGUCCCCAAAUCUGAGUGGGACAACGGGGACGCGCCACAGGUGGCCUCCAGCCACCCCCGGUCCCCGGCCACCCCCGGCCACCCCUGGACACCUCACCCCCGGUCCCCGGCCACCCCCGGCAGGACAGCGGGGACACACCACGCGUGGUCCUCGGCCACCCCCGGACACUUCACUCGCGGUCACCCCCGGUCCCCGGCCACCCCUGGACCCCUCACCCCCGGUCCCCAACCCCGGCAGGACAGCGGGGACACCUCACCCCCGGUCCCCGGCCACCCUUGGACACUCCCGGCCACCCCUGGACACUUCACCCCCGGCCACCCCCGGUCCCCGGUCACCCCCGGCCACCCCCGGCCAGCCCCGGUGCCCACCCGCGGGCGCUGCAGCGGCUCCACGCCGGGUGAUUUCUGUGCCCAUCGCUGCCACCCCCGCACGCAGCGACAGCUCCGGGGACCCAGAGAGGAGGGGAGGACUCGCAGUGUCCCCGCAGGGAUUUUGGUUGUUUUUUGUGGGGUUUUUUUGGGGGUUUGUUUUUAAGGAGAAUCCAGAGGUUCCUCCGCGUUUUGGGAUUUGCAUCAGGAGGGUGGGACAGCCGGGAUUUGUGGGGUUCCUUGUGGGAUUCGGCAGGGAUUCGGAGGAUGAUGAGGAUGAGGAGGAGGAGAGAACGGCCGGCAUGAUGGGAUGCCACCAUCCCGCGUGUCCCCAGUGCCACCGCGGGCACGGCCGCGUGCCCGGUGCCACCAUCGCUUUUAGGGUCACCCCCGCGGCCCUUUUUCCCAGCGGCUCCAUCCCCCUGGGACACCGGGGAACACCAACGUCCCUUCCCGGGAUCCCAAUCCCAUCCCUCCUGUCCCUAUCCCAUCAUUUCCGCGCUUCCCGGCAGCCGGGCCACGACUCCAGGAGCCACCUGAGCGUGUCCCGGGUGCCACCCGCGAUGUGGGCACCGUGCCCUCCUCACCCCGCUUUGCCCCCGCUCCCAAAUUGCCGACAUUUAAACCAAAGAAAGCGCCGCCCCCAUGGAAACCUCAACCCCCGUCCCCACCCCGUCCCCGCGCCCCAAACGGGGCUGGCACCGCACCGAGGGGGCUCAGGGGGUCCCGCGCUCGUCCCCGAGGUGUGCCCGUGCCAGCCGCGCCCGCUGCUGUCUCAUAAUGAGAAUUUUACCCCUCCCUGGGCUCAAAUCACCCCCUCCCAGCACCCCAAAAACGCCACCGCGCCCCCCCCAAAAAAUGCCACCAGGGCUGUGCCCCCCGCCCUUGUCGCCAGCCGGCUGCGGGGUCACAGCUCUGUGCCACCUUCCGCUUGUGCCCCCGCCGCUGCCACCACCGCCGCGUGUUCGUGCCACCGCACCCAGUAAAGCCGUGCUGUAUCCCA